UCUGCGGAUCGGCAGCCGGCCAUCUUCUGACCGUCGCUUCUGCGUGGCAUAAAUCCCCCAGGAAUGUGUGCAGGCGGCUUCGGCUGACAUGAGGGAGCCCUCCCUAAGUUACCCUUCUUGGUCUUUACCCCACCUGCCACAGCAGAGCCACACAACCACGGAACGCCCUGAGUUGCCUAGGAAUCAUAUAAUCACGGUGUGGCUGGGGUUGGCAGGGACCUUACAGCCUACCCAGCUGCACCCCCUGCCGCAGGCUGCUUGCCACCCAGUUAUGGCUCCAUCCAACCGGGCCCUGAACGCAUCAGUACAGGUCAGGGCCGACCUGCUGGGAAUGAGCUGUGCGGGGAAACCCUGGGUGUGCUGGUGGCCAGCAGGGUGACCAUGAGCAGGGAGCCAUGGCGGCCAAGAACAUGGAUGGCGUCCUGGGGCACGUUAAACAGAACGCGGCCAGCAGGGCAAGGAGGUGAUCCUGCCCCGCACGCUGCCCUGCACUGCAGCACGGCUCCACUGCAGCCCAGCGGGCACUGCCUGGAGCACUGCGAAGCUGCUUCCCGGGCUUGUCCCGCUGCUGGCGGCCCUCAGAGCUGAGCUGUGGGGACAUCUGGGUGCUUCAGCUUCCUGACGGUUUCACUUUCUCUCCUGUUUCCUGCCCCGCGUUCCUGAGGGGCUGGGAGCGGUCGAUCAAAUACCAGGGAAUGGUGGUAGUGAAAACCCAACGGAGGUUUCUGAUGAAGAGGGAAGUUUAAUUCGGCCUUCUUCUAUUAGAGCUUUGGACAGUUGAUUCUGGAUUUGGGUCCGAUGUUAAAUUUCAAGCUGCCCUUCCCACAGCAUUAGUAAACACCAUGCACUUCUUCACGCUGCCCUCAGCACUGAGAACAGGAGUAGAAUCCCCUGGACGACAUGAUUUACUUACUUUUAUGAGCUCGCGGGAUGAAAUUGUAUACGCAAGACAACACUCAGGAACACAUGCUGAAGCGAGGCUGGAAAGCAAAGCCAGGAGAGCCAGGGGCGGGUCUGGCACGGGGCUGCUCGUGCAGCGGGGCGAGGCGCUGUGCGGCACGGCAGGGCGGUACCACGGGUACAGGGCGGCACGGCAGGGCCAGGCCUCUGCCCAGCUGCAGGUGGGCGCUUUCGGCAGCACCGGAGCUCGGCCCGGCCCGCUGCCGGCUGACCAACCAACCCCCGGGAGCGUGGAACGCGUGGGAUGGACGCGGGGGCCGGGGCUGCCUGGCCGCUGCCCUCAGCGCUUCGUGCUACCGCACCCCGCUUUAUCUUUCAGCGAACACGCCAGCAGCCAGGGAAAGCCCACCUGUCACUGCCCUCCGGGCGCUGCGAGAUUUUUUUCGCCUAAACCCAAAUCAAGAUUUUGUUUGUUUUUCCAAACGACCGCGCUGCGCUUGCUGCUGCCGGCGGCCGCACGUGCCCGGGGCCGCGCAGCGCCGUGUCCCCCUGCGGGGCGCUCUGCCCGGCCCGGCACGGCACGGCUCGCCGCGCGUGCAGCGGGGAGCGGCCGUCUCAGCACAGGCCUGCAAAGCCGGCCCUGCUCAGGUGACGCUUCUGGGCCGCGAAGCACCCGUGUGUCACACGGCGGGAUGGCCGAACCCCGCCGCACAGAGGGGCUGCGCGGGCGCUGCUCGUGCACGAGAUCCCCGCUGGUCUCGCAGCCCCUGCUCUGCUCCCGGCCCGCGUGCUGCGGCAGCUGUGACAAAUCUCCUCCCGGCUGUGCCGCCGCUUGUAACGGCCUGCCUGCCGCACCUGGGCAGAGAUCAGCCUUCGAGGUGGGGGUGGUGUCAAAAGCGUCGUUACAACCCCCAGAGGCAAGCGGUUCUCGGCUCAAGCUCUGCAGCAGAAGCCCCGGAACAAUUCUCAGCAGAGCUCAGGACACUUCACGUAUUUUAACGAACAGAAUAAGGAAAAGCCUUACUUAUUUCAUGUGAUAAGGAUUUUGAACAACUGCUGCAGAACUUCUGGGAAGAGGGCGCAUGGAAGCGGAACCACAGGCAGCACGCGACCUCCUGCAGUUCCCCUCCCCCAGCUGUCCUGCUGGAGUUGCAGGCAGUCUGGGCAGGGCUGUGCCACAGUGAGCUGACCCUGGGUGCUGAGCUCUGGGCUGCACAGAGGGCUCAGGGGGCAAUGACCUCAGCUGGGUCCAGCACAGGUUGUUUGGAUCUAGGAGCUCAAAUGCGUUGCUGGGAACCUGUGCUUCGGAAACCAUUCACAGAUCGGGAUAAAUGGUCUCUGAGUAUUAACUACGUGACUGGACCACUUCCAAAAGUUGUUUAAGAGUACCCUGAUGAUGCACAUGCUAUUUGCAAAGGAGCUGGGUAGCGAGCCUUGCCUUUCUGAGUGCUUCUCCUGCAAAUCUGUCCCGCUGUCAUUACGAGUAGAAACGGCGCUUCGCUUUUGUUUCCUUCUGCAGAGGAUAAAGAGAAGUAGCAAAAUUAAGUCUCAGCAGUUUCAGCUUUAGGACGUUGGUAACAGAACAAAGGAAACACAAGACCGUGCAGCAGGUUCUCAUUUCCAGCCUCUCAGCUGCAAGAAAACUUCUAUUUUAAAAAAGGACCUAAAAAGCUCACCAGUACAGACCAAAGCAUUCAGGAAAACCGUGACAGUGCGAGGUGCUUCCGCCUUGUGAUUUCAUGGUUUACACCAAAAGUCACAAACAACAAAGUAAGCUCCAUGAAUACCCACCUAAUAUUUCACUUCUUUAAUAAGUUUCACUUCUUUAAUAAGUUUCACUUCUAAACAAGUCUGACAACAGCGCUUCACAUCUAUCAGCACAGAAUAACAUCUGCAGCGAUGGACAUACAGGACUUUCUCUGAAAAUGUACCCGGAUUCAUCCUUCUGAGAGAACAGGGCCCAGGGUUCUGGCACACGCAGUGCGCAGGGGGAGCACGCAGGUGCAGCACUCCGAUCAGAACAGGACAGGUUCUGUUUGCUCAGCAAAAAUCAGAUGUGCUCCGAGUGCGAUAGGUGCUACAUAGCACUGCCACCAAGCUGUUCUGCUUUAAACAUGCCCUGGAGUGAAUUAAUGCCUGUAAUCAAUUCAAACAUCUCUGCUGAUACCAUGAAUCAUUAAAAACCUCAUCUGCAACCCCAAAAGCAAGACUGCUCUCAAAAUUAAGUAGAGCUUUCUGACUACAUACUUAAACGAGAUAAAAGCAGCAGGGCUCUCGCUGAUGCAUGGUUCGCUUUUAACAUCAUCAAGAGUGACUGUUAGCUCAGGAGAGGGUCUUUGAUCUUACCUCCCAUUUUUAAAUGUGGUAGAAAUAAGCAAUCUCACAAAGAAGACAGAUUGCGUGGGGGCUCCAGGGCUCACAGCAAGUCCUUCAGUGUUCCAUUUAAUACAAUGUUACUGCAUUUUCAAACAGUCUGGAAGUUUCUCUGGUGCAAUUACACUAAUUCCAGGAUUGUAACGUGGCGAUCUGAGGGUCACUAGUCAUGAGAUGCAGAGAGGGAAUUUAAAGGAGCAUUUACAAAUUAUUUUGUUGUCAUAAACAAGUGAUGCUUAUGUAGGA